UUUUUAACUUUCUCUCUGCUUUAUCUUUCUCUCUCGCUCUCUCUCUCUCUCUUCUUGCUUUCGCAGCCUUUGAAUUCAAGCUUCUCAUAACUGAAUAAACCCUAGAAAUUCUCGCGAGUCGGUGGUGGCUGUGCUUUUCCAUUUCUGGUUUUUAGUUGAUUUACUAAAAUGUCUUCUCUGAGUAGAGAAUUGGUGUUCCUCAUACUUCAGUUCUUAGAGGAGGAAAAAUUCAAGGACUCUGUUCACAGGCUUGAACAAGAAUCAGGGUUUUUCUUCAAUAUGAAAUACUUUGAGGAGAAAGUCCAUGCGGGUGAAUGGGACGAAAUUGAGAAGUACUUGUCUGGAUUUACAAAAGUGGAUGACAACCGAUACUCCAUGAAAAUAUUUUUUGAAAUAAGAAAACAGAAGUAUCUUGAAGCUCUUGACCGACAAGACAAGGCAAAGGCAGUGGGGAUUCUUGUGAAUGAUUUGAAGGUGUUCUCUACAUUCAACGAGGACCUUUAUAAAGAGAUCACUCACCUCUUGACACUCAACAAUUUCAGAGAGAAUGAGCAGCUUUCCAAGUAUGGUGACACCAAGACAGCACGUAGCAUAAUGUUGAUAGAGUUGAAAAAAUUGAUUGAAGCAAAUCCUCUUUUCCGGGAGAAGCUUGUUUUCCCUACAUUAAAAUCAUCAAGAUUGCGUACCUUGAUCAAUCAGAGCCUGAACUGGCAGCACCAGCUCUGUAAGAACCCAAGGCCAAACCCAGACAUCAAGACCUUGUUUACAGAUCAUACAUGCAAUCCUCAGAAUGGGGCGCUUGCACCCGCACCUGUUAAUCUACCUGCUGCUGCGGUUGCAAAACCUACCGCAUAUACAUCGCUCGGGGUGCAUGGGCCAUUUCCACCCACGGCAGCAGCUGCAAAUGCUAAUGUUUUGGCUGGUUGGAUGGCAAAUGCUGCUGCAUCUUCAUCUGUUCAAGCAGCUGUUGUGACAGCAUCAUCACUGCCUGUUCCUCCGAAUCAAGUUUCAAUUUUGAAGCGCCCAAUCACACCUCCUGCGACAUUGGGCAUGGUUGAGUAUCAAAGUGCGGAUCACGAGCAAUUAAUGAAACGUUUACGACCUACACAGUCUGUUGAGGAGGUUACAUAUCCUAUGGUUCGUCAACAAGCAUCUUGGUCCCUUGAUGACUUGCCAAGGACAGUAGCUUUUACUCUGCAUCAAGGAUCCUCAGUUACUAGCAUGGAUUUUCAUCCUUCUCAUCAUACAUUGUUGCUAGUUGGCUCCAAUAGUGGUGAAAUAAUACUUUGGGAAGUCGGAAUGCGGGAAAAGUUGGUCUCGAAGGCAUUCAAGAUAUGGGAUAUUCAAGCUUGUACAUUGACAUUUCAGGCUUCUGCUGCCAAAGAUGCACCAUUUUCUGUAACCCGUGUUGCAUGGAGUCCAGAUGGGACUUUCGUUGGAGUUGCAUUUUCAAAGCACUUGAUCCAUCUGUAUGCCAUUAUCGGGAAGCGUGAUUUACGGCAGCAUUUGGAGAUGGAUGCCCAUGCUGGGGGUGUGAAUGACUUAGCAUUUGCUUAUAACAAGCAGUUAUGUGUAGUAACGUGUGGAGAUGAUAAGUUGAUAAAGGUGUGGGAUGUUACUGGAAGAAAGUUGUUUAAUUUUGAAGGACAUGAAGCUCCUGUAUACUCAAUAUGCCCUCAUCAAAAAGAGAAUAUUCAGUUCAUAUUUUCAACUGCUAUAGAUGGAAAAAUAAAAGCUUGGCUGUAUGAUAAUUUGGGAUCUAGAGUUGACUAUGAUGCUCCUGGUCAUUGGUGUACAACUAUGCUUUACAGUGCUGAUGGAAGCAGAUUGUUCUCGUGUGGAACUGGCAAAGAAGGAGAUUCUUUUCUUGUAGAAUGGAAUGAAAGUGAAGGAGCCAUAAAGAGAACAUAUACUGGGUUUAGGAAGAAAUCAGCUGGUGUUGUGCAGUUUGACACUACUCAAAAUCACUUUUUGGCUGUCGGUGAAGAUAGUCAAAUAAAAUUUUGGGACAUGGACAACAUUAACAUUCUUACAAGUACAGAUGCUGAUGGUGGUCUCCCGAGUCUUCCACGCUUGAGAUUCAACAAGGAAGGCAAUCUUCUUGUUGUUACUACUGCUGACAAUGGGAUUAAGAUUCUUGCAAAUGCUGCUGGUAUGAGGUCCUUAAGGCCAGUUGAAACCCCACCCUUUGAAGCACUAAGAUCUCCCAUUGAAGCAGCUGCAUUUAAGGUGUCAGGUUCUUCUGUUCCAAAUGUUGCACCAGUCAGUUGUAAAGUGGAAAGAAGCUCUCCUGUCAGGCCUUCUCCUAUGCUUAACAGAGUUGAUUCUGUUCCCAGAAGUAUGGAGAAACCAAGAACAUUGGAUGACAUUUCUGAUAAGACCAAGCCACAGUUGACUGAAAUUCUAGAUAAAGUUCAAUGCAGGAUUAUUACCAUGCCGGAGAGCCCAGAAUCCCGUAACAAGGUUGCAAGGCUUCUUUAUACCAAUUCUGGUGUUGGCAUCCUGGCACUUGGAUCAAAUGGUAUUCAGAAAUUAUGGAAGUGGGCACGCAAUGAACAAAAUCCAAGUGGGAAGGCCACUGCUAAUGUUAUUCCACAACAUUGGCAACCAAACAGUGGUCUUCUUAUGACUAAUGAUGUCUCAGGUGUUAAUCUUGAAGAGGCAGUUCCUUGCAUAGCCCUCUCAAAGAAUGACUCUUAUGUAAUGUCAGCUGCUGGUGGAAAAGUUUCAUUGUUCAACAUGAUGACAUUUAAGGUAAUGACAACUUUCAUGUCGCCUCCACCUGCCUCAACUUUCUUAGCAUUCCAUCCUCAAGAUAACAACAUUAUUGCCAUCGGUAUGGAGGAUUCCACAAUCAAUAUAUACAAUGUUAGGGUGGAUGAGGUAAAAUCUAAACUGAAGGGCCAUCAAAAGCGCAUAACUGGUCUUGCAUUCUCCACCAACCUCAACGUAUUGGUCUCAUCAGGAGCUGAUGCGCAUCUAUGUACAUGGAGCAUUGAUACAUGGGAAAAGAGAAAAUCAGUUCCCAUUCAGCUGCCUGCUGGUAAAGCAUCUGCUGGUGACACUCGUGUACAAUUUCACUCGGACCAAGUCCGCUUGCUAGUAUCCCAUGAAACCCAAUUAGGAAUUUAUGAUGCCUCUAAGAUGGAAAGAAUACGCCAGUGGGUUCCACAAGAUGCUCUUCCGGCGCCCAUAUCACAUGCUGUGUACUCUUGCAACAGUCAACUAGUUUAUGCUUCCUUUUGUGAUGGUAACAUUGGUGUGUUUGAUGCUGAUAGCCUUAGGCUAAAAUGUCGUAUUGCUCCCUCCGCAUAUUUGUCUCAGGCAGUGUUGAAUGGAAGCCAAGCAGUGUACCCGCUGGUCAUCGCAGCACAUCCCCAGGAGCCAAACCAAAUUGCAGUUGGGUUGUCAGAUGGGAUUGUUAAAGUGAUUGAACCUUUGGAAUCUGAAGGGAAAUGGGGAGAAACUCCACCUGUUGAUAAUGGGAUGUUGAAUGGUAGGACAACAGCAGCCUCAUCAACCACUACCAACCAUGUUGCUGAACAAGUUCAAAGAUGAAACAUAUAGGAGUACUAUAUUUUUGUAACUGACAUUCUUUCUCUGUAUCUUAUCCCUAUAGGUUAGGUUGUAGAGAAUAUAGGUUGUAGUUCAUUCUCUGUUGUAUCCUUUUAUCAAAGAUAAAUGCACCUCUCGGAGAUAUGUAUAUAUCUUUAUUAACAUUAACUUUUUCUUUAAAAUAUCAGAAAAUACUCUAUUUCGCGAUU